GGCGGGCGGCGGGCACAGGUCGCGUCGGGGCCAGGCCGGGAGCGGGACGGGAGUCGCCUGUUUGCUUCAGCGCCGCCGGGACAUGCUCGCAGCCUGACUGACCGCAGGUGGCCGCCGCGCCCGGGACACGAAUGAAGAAGCUGUUGCUCCUCCUGUUCACACAUCGGGGACUCGUCAGCCGAGGGGGCCGCAGGGGGAAGCGCCGUCGAAAAUGGCCUCGUUCAGCAUCCGCGCCGCGCGCCCCGAUGACUGCCCUGAGCUCCUGCGACUGAUCAAGGAACUAGCGAAAUACGAGGACAUGGAGGAUCAAGUGGUGCUAACCGAGAAAGGUACGAGAGCGGCAGCGGGUCGCCGGGCCGCUGGUCUAGUGGCGCUGUCUGUAGCUCAGGUGCCGAUCUGUUCUGCUUUUCCAGAACUGCUUGAGGAUGGUUUUGGCGAGCACCCUUUCUACCACUGCCUGGUUGCAGAAGUGCCAAAAGAACAGUGGUCGUCUGAAGAACACUGCAUUGUGGGCUUUGCCAUGUAUUACUUCACUUACGAUCCGUGGAUUGGAAAACUGCUGUAUCUUGAAGAUUUUUAUGUGAUGGCUGAGUAUAGAGGACUGGGCAUUGGGUCAGAAAUUCUGAAGAACUUGAGUCAGGUCGCUGUGAAGUGCCGCUGCAGCAGUAUGCACUUCCUUGUUGCAGAGUGGAACGAACCAUCCAUCAGGUUCUAUAAGAGAAGAGGCGCCUCUGAUCUGUCCACUGAGGAGGGGUGGAGGCUCUUCAAAAUUGACAAAGAAUAUCUCUUGAAGAUGGCAACAGAAGAGUGAGAGAUGAUUCCAGCAAAUAAAUUCUUUCUACGAAUAUACAUGCUCUCUGAAUAAACUCCUUCUUGCUUUUUUGUGUACAGUUUGUAGUGGAAUAAAGUAGUGUGGAUGCUAAUAAUGAAAAUGCUAUACAGGUGUGGUCAUAGAGUAAUCGGUACUGUGAUCUGGAGUUGAGGCAUCUGUGAAGUUGCAUAUGUGCUUGUUGUGCAUCCUUUACCAGUGUGGGCUUGUAAUCUUUGUAUAUGGAAACUUCAUUCUUGUAAGUGUCACUCAAAUGUGUACAAUGUACACACUGGUAGGGUUUGUUUUAAUUAUUGCCUUUUAUAAAAAUAAAUAGUGUUUUCACUUCA